AAAGAAUGCGAAAAUUUAUUAGACGAGAAAUAAAAUAUGGAAACAGGAGAAAAAAACAAGAAUUAAAGAUUAGUAAAAAAAAGUGAGUUCGUGGGUGGAGAAAGGGGAGGGAGAGGAAAAAGGUGGAGGAGAAGCAUCCAACAAUUAUUGGCAUCGAAUGCCGGAAUCCGGACUUCCACUGUUUUGCUGAAUUCCGGCUGAUCUCUCUCUUAGAUUUCUUUAUAAAUUCUUUGUUUUUAUAAUAAGUUUUGGUGGCUAUAAACUGGUGACUGGGGUGGCUUCUCUCUUUCUCUGCCUUCUCGUUGGAGAGCAGACGCCCCGCCUCUUCUUCUUCUUAUUAGGGCCUCGAUUUCUCUCUCUACCUCAGAACAAAGAACAAGGAGAUCGUCCGCACAGGGAAGGAAGGAGGAAAGCUGGUUCGUGGAUCACCGGACAGAGUUGUUACAGCUAAACGAUUGGAUUUUGGCUGUUUUGGACUGUUGAGGCAUCCAUCCUCGAUCGUUUCUGGUGGUUUCGGUGGUGGUUUUGUUGAAAGCGGGGUCUCAAGAGAUUCUUUUGCAGGUCUGCUUUUCGAAGUUUGAUUAGGUGAUUUGUUGAUUCUUGAUACAAGGUUCUCAGGGUGGAUUUUUUCGUGGUAGUUGCAUUUGUGAUCUCGAGGUUUUGGAAGAAAUCUUGAGACUACCGUAUUAUAAAACUUGAACCGUCUGUGAUGACAUUGUUCUUCUGAGAGAUUUCUUGGUAAGAAUAUGGCAGAAGAUCGUAGCAUGAAUUUUCAGCAUGGGGGAGUUUUCCCACAAUCUUUCUGCAACCAGCAAGUGGUUUCUUUUCAGUCAGGGGCAGUAAACAGCGCAACAGGGAUGAUCGGCACGAAUAAUAUGAGUGGGAUUAGCAGCACAGCAGGGAUGAUUCUGGCUAAUAAUCCUGCAGUGAUGAUAAAUAAUGCUUCUUUGAUGAUCCCACCUAGCAAUUCUCCUAGCAAUAUCCUUCUUGAGCCGGUGCCUGGUCUCAAGCAUGGCAUAGGGUUGGCUGUCGACUGGUCAUAUGAAGAAUUGGCCGAGUUGAGGGAAGGUCUUGACAGAUAUGCAAAUGAACCUAAUAUCAUGAAGUAUAUCAAGAUAGCAGCUAGACUACCUGACAAGACUGUAAGAGAUGUUGCAAUGAGGUGCCGAUGGAUGACUAAAGAAAAUGGUAAACGACGGAAACAAGAAGAAUAUUAUGCAGGAAAGAAAAUCAAAGAUGGAAAGGAAAAGAUGGUAGAUUGUUCCACAAGGGCUUAUGUACAUCCCAUUCAACCAGACAAUGCAGCUGCCUAUUCUUUGAUGACACAUCAUGUGAACCACAAUAAUCAAUUUUCAUGUGAAGCCCCUGUAAUUGACGGUGCAACAAGGCAUCUUCUAGCUGAAAAUGUUCAACUUUUUAACAGAAUUGCAGCUAAUCUUGCAACAUUUCAGUACUUUCUUUUGCAGAUACAGAAUAACAUUAAACUCUUUUGUCGCACAAGAAACAACAUUACAACUAUUAUAAAAAGCAUGAGUGAGAUGCCUGGUAUUAUGAGUCAGAUGCCUCCUUUGCCUGUUUCAAUAAAUGAGGACCUUUUCAGUAGUUCCAUUCCUUCAAGUGCCAGUCAAGCCCACGCACCAGGCAGCGGUCAUUUGAAGGAAGAACCAAAAUCCUGGUAACCGAGCGUGAAAUGAGUUGCAAUCUAAUUACAAAAAUACCUUCUGUAAAUGCAUGGAAAUGGUCAGAGAUAUCUCUCCUGCAUAGACCAUCAAGAGCAAUCUGUCAAGUUCCUGAGUUGGAAUAUCAAAGGAGCACAAAGCAUCAAGAAGUAGUAGCCUCUUCAUUUCCUGGGCUGAGUAUGACCUGACACUGCAUAUUUUUAGCUCCUGCUUCAGAGUCACCAUGUAUAUGCUUUCAUGAGAGAGAGAACUUUUGGAAUGAUAAACAUUUUUAGGUGCUUGCAGAUAAGUGAUUCUUUUUCAUCAUUUUCAUGUCAGUUCAGCAUUCUACAUUCCACAAAUGAAUCAGUCUUCAUAUUGUAUUAACCCAAACCUAUAUGAGGAAAGAAAAAGAACUGAGCUGCUAGUCAUAUGGGUAUUUAUUAUUUGUCA